CAAGGUUUUUUAUACAGUGAAAAUAAACCACACUACAUAUUGUGUAAACCAAAGUUAAUGCCAUUGAAGUCUGUCACAUUAGAAAAAUUAGAAAAAAUGCAAAAAGAUGCUGAAAUGAAGAUGAAAGAAAUGCAAAAGGAUGACUGAAUGACUAGCUAAGAUGAAUAAGGAUGUUUAACUAAUGUUAUGAACUUAUUGCCUAUCCUUCUAUAUUUUGUUUGAGAUAAAAGAAAUACCAAAAUGAGUCUUGGACCACUUUUAUCAGAAGUCAUAUUUGCCUUCUGUCUUGCAGCAACUUUGUUAUAUAAAUAUGGAAAUGUUUUUCGCCACCACAUUAUUGUCACAAUUUCUGUGCUAAUUGCAUGGUACUUCUCACUGCUGAUCAUAUUUGUUCUACCUUUAGACGUUUCUUCGACUGUAUAUCGGCAAUGUAUGGAACAGUAUAUUCAUAAUACAUCCAUUAUUGAUAAUACAACUGUUGGACCACCAAUUGUCUGUCAAGAACCAUGGUCAAGUGUACCUGAUAAUGUUUUCCCAAAUUUAUGGCGAAUUGUAUACUGGACAUCACAAUGUCUCACAUGGCUUAUACUUCCUCUAAUGCAAUCAUAUAUAAAGGCAGGGGAUUUCACUGUACAAGGAAAAUUGAAAUCUGCUUUAAUUGACAAUGCAAUUUAUUAUGGAAGUUAUUUGUUCAUAUGUGGAAUUCUGCUAAUAUACAUCGCAUUGAAACCUGAACUGGAUCUUGAUGGUCAAAAAUUAAAAGCUAUAGCGUCAUCAGCCUCGAAUACAUGGGGAUUAUUUCUUCUGGUUCUUCUUCUUGGCUAUGCUCUUGUGGAAGUACCGCGUGGCCUAUGGAAUGCUAGCAAACCUGGAUAUACUUUGCAUUAUAGUUAUUUCAAGGCAGCCAAACUAAGCUUAGAUAAGUGUGAAGCGGAAGAAGCAGUCGAUGACAUACUUGAGUCAUUACAAGCAGCAUCUAUGGCUAUCGGACCAGGUCAUCCGUUUCACAGAAAUUUGGAAACUAUAUUCCAAAAAGUACCAGCUGAAUUGAAAGAUAGAAUGAACAGAAAACAAUUGCCUGAUGAUACUCCAAUUGAUAUUCCAUCCGAAAAAGCUUUAAUUCGACUACAUAGACAAACUAUAAAGUCAUUGCAAACCUUGCAACGAACGGAGACACAGUGGGGUAUUUUAAUAGAGAAAAUAUUCAACUUGGAAGACGUUGCGAAAAAUCAAGCUAGUCACGAUAAGAGAUUUAAACCAACUUUUCCGGUUAUGCGACCAUUUCCAUUACGUUUAAUUUAUAAUUCAACAAUUGAAUGGUAUUGGAAGUGCAUUGUUAAAAGUUAUGUUCAAAAACUCGCUGCUAUCGCUGCUGGUUCGCUGUCAGUAGCUGUUGUCUGGUCUGAAGUAACUUUCUUUAAUAAAUCACCGGUACUAUCAUUGUUUGCUCAAUUUGUGAACUUAGCUAAAGUAAAAUACGAUUAUUUUACCAUCGAGGUCCUGUCGACAUUGAUUAUUGCUUAUUUAUGUUACUGUGCUUAUUCCACGGUUCUCAAAAUUCGUGUAUUGAAUUUAUAUUACUUAGCACCGCAUCAUCAAACUAAUGAAUACAGUUUGAUAUUCAGCGGUAUGAUGCUGUGUCGACUUACUCCACCUAUGUGUCUUAAUUUUCUGGGCCUGAUUCACAUGGACUCGCAUAUUAUAAAAACUCACAUUCUAGAAACACAUUAUACUCAGGUAAUGGGACACAUGGAUGUCAUAUCGAUAAUAUCCGAUGGAUUUAAUGUCUACUUCCCUAUGGCCAUCCUAGCUUUUUGCUUAGCAACGUACUUUAGUUUAGGUAGUAGAUUACUCUCUAUGCUUGGCUUUCAACAAUUUCUGGGUGACGAUGAACUUACGACAGACCUUGUUGAAGAAGGUCGAGAGCUAAUUAAACGAGAGAGACGUAAACGUCAAAGAGCGGAAGAUUCCACGAGCAGGAAACGCGAACUUCAAGAACGGUUUAAUAAUGUGGGAAAUAUAUCCAGAUACAGAACAGCCAGACAGAGUACAGAUACUGUACGGCCUUUGCGAAGAGACGAUUCUACAGAAUCCGCGAGAGCGGGUCUUUUGCGCGAUGUCGAUCCAACCGAUUACUACGUUGGUACGACUGUGGCAAAUGAUAGUUACGGUGCAAGCAGUCGUUUUGAUCAUGGCUAUCAAUCUGAUGAUUUCUUCGAUUUAAAUACAGAUAAUUUAAGAACAUUCACAAGUACGACUCGUGUAGGACCACCUCCUCGGGGAUUAUUCGACGACAUCUAAACGCGAAUAAUUUCUUUUUUAAUUACUAUUUAUUAUUAUUUAUAAUUUUUCCUUGUCAAGCUAUCGGGGUCGCAGCAACAAUAUAGUAUACAACAUUUUUUAAAAGUAUUUCUUCAAAUGAAGCGUAGCAUAAGUACUAUUGAUAUAAAUUGAGUAUUAAAUAGUAUCAACGUUGCAGUUGUGUACUCUUAUGAUACAUAUGGAUAUUGUAAAGGUUGAAUUUUAGUAUAGCGAAUAGCAUUUUUAUCAUGGUGCUAAAUGUAAUAAAAUUUUCAUAGUUACUACCCUUUUAAUGAUUAGGACAGUGUUCGAUCAGCGUAGCCAUAUCGCAUCUACGUAAAUCGAAGUUAAGAGAAGGAAGAAGAGUAGCACACGUUUCCUUCCUUAAUCUUUGUAUUAUCGUCGAUACCUAAAUAUGGUCAACAAGUAUUCGGAAAAUCAUGUAUCGCGGUAGUUAGGAAUGCAGUGAAUGAUAGUUUUUGUAAAAAAUAAAUUCAAGUACUGUUUAAUAAUACUUAAAUAGAUGCUUCUUUAAAAUAUGAUCACAGUGAUAUUUAUGCAUUCUACGUAUAGACAAUUACUGUCGGUUUAGGACUUCAACAUUUUUUUUGACAGUUUGCAAAAAAUAUAAUCCUUAGAAAAUUGCACGUAGCUGCCAAUAAAAUCACGGUAAUAUAUGAUAAGUUAGACACGUAAAAUAUGUUUGUGUGUAAAACCAUUCCCAAUGCAUGGUCUAUAACAAAAAUUGUAUACAAAAUCACGUGUAGCUUACCUGAAACUGACUUUAUUGAAAUUGUGGACCCACUGUAGUUAACAAUACUAUGAUACUGUCGAACAAGA